AGACCUGAGCCUGCAGCACGGUGUCUUUGAAACUACUUCUAAUAUCAGAAUCCUUAAAAAGAGAGAUGUUUUUUUUUAUUUUUGAUAAAGAAACCCAAGCUCCUCUCUAGACGCUUUUUGGCCAAAGUAUUUUCAAAAACCUGUAAGAACGGACGUCUUUGUCUGAAGGCCAGCUACCAACAUGGCGGCCACCGACAAAAACCACGGCCCUGAUACAGGAGCUGAAAUAACAUGGAGUCAGAGAUGAGGGUGAAGAGAGCUCAACAGCAGAGAAGUCUUGGAUUAUAAAAGGAGGUGAAUCUCUGCAUUCUGCCUCACUCCAACCAGCUCUCAGCUGCCUCUGCUCUUCGCCUUCAUUAGAGUGUCACCUCCUCCAAAGACUCCCGACAAUUAUCCUCCGACAUGGCGGCUCUGUGGCUCCAGUCCUUCUCCCUGCUACUCUUACUGGUUGUAUCGUGGCCAGGCUCCCAGGCUGUCGCCCCUCCGCAGCACCUGUGCGGCUCUCACCUGGUUGAUGCUCUCUAUCUGGUCUGUGGGGACAGAGGAUUCUUCUACAACCCCAAGAGAGACGUGGAUCCUCUCCUGGGUUUCCUCCCUUCAAAGACAGGCACAGGGUUGACUCACGGCGGUGAGAAUGAGGUGGCUGAGCUGGCCUUUAAGGACCAGAUGGAGAUGAUGGUUAAGAGAGGCAUCGUCGAGCAGUGUUGUCACAGGCCCUGCACCAUCUUUGACCUGCAGAACUACUGCAACUAAGUGGCAUGCAGACAGUCCAUGUCUAGCCAGCGACUGCGCAGCUUGGUUUGUUGGCUAACCUAAAGCGAACCCAAUCCCACACCUCCACCCUCGCCUCUGAAGAGCAGCAGUUCGGAUCUCUUCCAGAGAAUCAGCUGCGGUUAAUGACGUGCUGAGAGAUGGAUUAUUUUUGCAAGAAAAUAAAGUUUUAUGAAUUGAGACAACA